GGAUGGUUCAUUCGUGCAUUGACAAGCUGUGGAGAGUAUCUUCUCUUAGGGAAGCAUCUUCCCAUUAGAAGCGACACUUUAUUUUCGCUCUAAAGCGAUUGGUUUUGUGGGUUUUUUUGUUUUAUUCUGAAAGCUCACCACUUUGUGUCGGGUUCAAUACAUGUAGUAACUAACAGGCUGUUAGCAAAUUAGCCUGAUAGCUUGUUGGCUAGCCAGCGCUCUCCCAAGUCCCACCCUCCAACAGAGUGCGUGGUCGUCGUGCGCUCGUGCGAAACUGCCGCCGACAAGCAGUACUUUUCUUUCUUUUUCCCUUUCUCCUUCCCCUCAACUCUAUCAGCAUCGUCGCACAUUUGCUGUAAAGCUAAACUAAUACGUUAGCAAAGGUGACGCUAGCGACAUUGUGGGCGCUACGUGGGGAGACGUGUCUUCUGACAGGAGGGAUACGUUCGUUUUUCGCCCCCUCUGACUGAAAGCUUGGGCUUGGAGAAGGAAGACGACGCGGUGAAGGAGGGGACUGGCUACUUUAUAGCCAGUGAGCUUGAUUUGCACAUUGACAACAAGCUCUGCCACUGAGCCACACACACACACACACGUACACACAACCAUGAGUAUUGAGAUACCGGUGGGAUUGACAGAACUGCUGCAAGGGUACACUGUGGAGGUGCUGCGGCAACGGCCGUCGGAUCUGGUGGACUUCGCCAUACAAUACUUCACCCGCUUGCGGGACACUAGGAGUCAAGAUGGCGCCAGUGAAGGCGGCAAGACUGGGAAGGGGGUGAUGUUUGACGGGGAGCCGAUGCAGACAGAGUCCAACGGAGAUGAAGAUGAAGAUGAUGACUCUGACUUUGAGCCCCCACCGCCAAGCCGAUUCAACAGAAGAGUGUCAGUGUGUGCGGAGGCGUUCAACCCAGAUGAGGAUGACGAGGACACAGAGCCGAGAGUAGUUCAUCCAAAAACAGAUGAACAGCGCUGUAGACUGCAGGAGGCCUGUCGGGACAUCCUUCUCUUCAAAACACUGGAUCAGGAGCAGUUCUCCGAGGUGCUGGACGCAAUGUUUGAAUUAUUGGUGCAGCCCCAAGAGCAUGUGAUCGACCAGGGAGACGAUGGGGACAACUUCUAUGUCAUUGAGCGAGGCAUCUAUGACAUCGUGGUGUCGGGGACGUGCGUGGGUCAAUAUGAUAAUAAGGGCAGCUUCGGCGAACUGGCACUCAUGUACAACACACCUCGUGCCGCUACUAUCAUCGCCACCCAGGAGGGGGCUCUGUGGGGGCUGGAUCGUGCCACAUUCCGUAGACUCAUUGUGAAGAACAAUGCAAAGAAGAGGAGGAUGUACGAGUCAUUCAUUGAGUCUGUGCCCUUGCUCAAAUCCCUGGAGGCAACAGAGAGGAUGAAGAUAGUGGAUGUAUUAGGAGCAAAGCAGUUCUCAGAUGGGGAACGCAUCAUCACACAGGGAGACAGUGCUGACUGCUUCUACAUCGUUGAAUCCGGGGAGGUGAAGAUCAUGAUGAAGAGUAAAACGAAGGCAGACCAUGCAGACAAUGCAGAGGUGGAGAUAGCACGCUGUAGCAGGGGUCAGUACUUCGGGGAGCUGGCCUUGGUCACUAACAAGCCCCGGGCCGCUUCAGCCUACGCGGUGGGGAAUGUGAAAUGUUUGGUAAUAGACGUGCAAGCGUUUGAGCGCCUCCUGGGCUCCUGUAAAGAGAUCAUGAAGAGGAACAUCGCCCACUAUGAAGAGCAGCUGGUGGCCCUGUUCGGCUCGAGCAUGGACUUGAGAGACUGAGCCUCCAACUCCACCCUCUGUGCCUUCAAUUACACACACACACACACACACAUACAGGGGCAACUCAUCAUAAGCUUUACCCAGAUCGUCCAAACAUUAUGAGAAAUUGUUUGUUCCACAUUUAAUUAUUUUCUUAUGCAUACACACACAGACAUGCACACACACACUGUUAGCUUUAGGCCGUAAACCUUAUUUUUCCAUGCCAUCAUGAAGCUUUCAGUAAGAACCGCAUUGACCUGUAUACAAUUAGGCACACACACACACCGAUAAUGGUGUUUUAUAGACACAUGGUCAUGCUUGGUAAGACAGUCUUCACAUUCACAUGAGCGCUUCAUAGCUCAUAUGUUGCCUCAGCCAAGGACACUUCCUCACACACACACACACACAUACACACAGUGGGUACACAACAUGAACACAAACUGCAUUUGCAAAAAGUCAUUCUUGUAAAAUGGAGCUGACAAACAAACAAACAAAAAACUCUUGAGGAAAAUGCAAAAAAAACAAAAAAAGUUUAACAAAGACAAAAGUUUUAGAAACAUUUUAUGAAGAUACACAACAGAAGCUUUGAUAAAAUAUUAUUUAAAUAAGAAAAAAAAAGUGUCUCCUCCUGGGGGAGGCCCGAGGUGAGGACACUCGAUUUCUUCCUCGACUGUUGUUGAGUUGAGUUAGUGCUGGUGAUUAUUGCCGUACCACAGAAGAAGCAGCAGUCAAAACAUCAUCCUUCAUUUCCCGGGACUUUGUUAUGCUGUUGUUGUACACUUCAUUGUAUUGAAAUAAUUAUUAAUGUACUGCUAUCAUAUAUUCAUUUAUUAUUUCAUUCUAUUUUAUUUUGACCAAAUUGAUAAUUUCACCUUCCACCUCCCAACACGAAAUGUAAAAACAGAAACAGUUAAUAAACAAAAAAAAUAUUAGUGCUUAUUUCUGAUUGAUUAACCAACAAUGAUUUGUCCUGGAUUAAAAAAACAAAACAAAAAAACUAAAAAAAAAAAGUAACAAAAAAUAAAGCAAACACUUUGUUAAAACAUGACUCGUUGAUAUCUUUGAAUAAAGUGAUUGUUAGUUGU